CACUGCGCGGCGGCCGGAGCAGGACAGGGAUUCGGAAACAGACGCUGGUCGGACUAUCGGGGUGAAAGCGCUUCGACCACGAUGAACUUUGCCGCUCAGUUAUUCUACUCAAGCUACUUGAGCGAGCGACUGGAGCGUUUGUACUCGCCGAGGCCGGCACUCAAAGACAGCGAGGAGAAUGACCCCUUCUGGCAAAGAGAGGAGUUGCGUCUGGGACCCUCUCAGCCCGGCUGCCCUUUUAAACCCGGCCCCGUCAGCAACGGCGCCGCGGGCCGCAGGCCCACCCUCAUUGAACCCGAGCGUCUGAAGGACUUUGGCGAGGAGGAUCUCCUCAACGGGGACGUGAAAGUUUAUGAAACCAAAGUGGUGGGGUGUCCAGAGAUCGUGCUCAUGGAACCCCCGAAAACCCGGCGCCUCAGCGAGUUCAGGAUCGUCCCCAGGCCUCCUGCUCAGUACCUGCGCUUCGAAGACAUCAGCGCGGCCGCCUUCAGGAUCCAGGCGGGGAUUCAGAAAACGCCGUGCACGUACUCCAGACUGUCGAAGCAGUACGGGAUGGAGAUCUACCUGAAGAAGGAGCACCUGCACUACACGGGCUCGGUGAAGGAGCGGGGAGCGCUGUACCUGCUCACCUCGCUCACACAGGAGCAGCAGAGGAAGGGCGUGAUCGUGGCCUCCGACUGUAACUUCUCCAUGGCGGUGGCGCACCACGCCGUGGAGCUGAAGAUCCCGGUGUUUGUCAUCAUGCCGUCGUGCUGCUCCUCGCCGCGCCUCCGGAUCUACAGGGACUACGGCGCCAUGGUCAUCUCCUACGGCAGCACCAGCCACGACUCCCAGAACCACGCCCGCCACCUGGCCAAAGAGAACGGAUACCUGUACCUGGAAGAGGAUGAAAGCCCGGCGUACCUGGCGGGUCUGGGCACGGUGGGCAUGGAGAUCUUCGAACAAGUGCCCAAAGUGGAUGCAGUGGUUGUCCCUGCGGCGGGGCAGUACGGCCUGCUGGCCAGCACGGCCGCGGCCGUCAAACACCUCAACUCCCGCAUCCUGGUCAUAGGAAUCGAACCGGAAGGCUUCCCUCUGCUCUUACAGUCUCUGAAAACAGACGGCCCGGUCAAAGACAUGCACAGCAACCCCAAUAAGAAGCUCUACGGAGACCUCAUGGAGCGUUCGCUCGGCGUCAACACCUUCCAGCUGGCCAAGAAACUGGUAGAUAGAGUCAUCUCUGUCAGUGAGGAAGACUCUUUGGUGGCCAUGCUGCGGUUUCAGGAGUUUGAACGCUCCACCGUGGACACCGAGGGCGCCAUGGGACUGGCGGCCAUCUUGGCCGGACAGCUACCAGAACUGAGAGGCAAGAAGGUGGCUGUGGUGGUGAGCAGCGCCAACAUGGAGCUGGAGGUGGUGAGGCAGUGCGUGGACCGAGCUCUGGUGCUGGACGAGCGGGUCAGCAAGUUCUCGGUGCAGCUGGGGGAGUGGCCCGGGGACAUGGCCAAGCUGCUGGACUUCCUGUCCAGAGAGGACGUCAGGCUGCUGGAUGUCUGCCAUCGGCGGCACAGUGACAAGGUCGACCUCUUCAAUGCGAAGGUGGAGUGUGUGGUGGAGACCAGGGAUAAGGCACAGAGCUCUCAGCUGCGAAAGACGCUGAGCGAGCGCUACCCGUCUUUAUGCUGGCUGGAUCGGUGAUCAGAGGAAACGCCACCGCAGUGGAA